AUGGCCGACACCCAGGCAGCCGAUGUCCAUCCUUAUGCGUCUCCCUUGAUCACUUCAGAGCAGACUGCCAUACGGCGCAAGACCACGAGCUCGUCUACGUCCUUUGACGAGAAGAAAGGCCAUGCUGCCAAAGAUCCUGAGGUUGUCAUGUCCAACGACAAAGAAGAGGAUGGGAUCCCAACUUUUUAUCAGAGGUUCCGCCCGUUCAUCCUAGGAGCGGUCGCAGCUGUUAUCUUGGGUUGGUGGAUAAGUUCUAUAGUAUUGAAGGAUACACGACAUCGCUGGAUUGUCCAAACACUCUUUGCUUGGUUCUUCCUCCUUGUCAUUGCUUUCCGGUUUAUUCCCAACCGCGUUGUGUCGGAACCUGUCAGCGCAGUAUGGAUGCCGUUAGUUCAAGAACCAUGGUACAGAUUAAACCGUAGGUUACGACUGGCAAUCGGAUGGUUGUGUCUUCUCGGAAUUGUUUUCGGCUCGGCUUUUGGUUUCAAACUCGAGAAUGGUUCCAACUAUGGCGAUCGUGCAAUUUCAGUCCUUGGAUUGUUCAUCUUCCAAUGCGGCUUUGUGAUUUCGUCAAAGUCGCGUUCCACGAUUCCCUGGCCUACCGUUAUCGUUGGCUUAUUCAUCCAACAGGCUAUCGCUUUGUUUGUGCUCAAGAGUGGAGCUGGAUUCUCAAUCUUCAACUGGAUCGCAACUCUGGCGGCUGAUUUUCUAGGCCAAUCUAAAGCGGGAGCAGCCUUCUUCUUCGACGCUGAAACUGUGGCGAAAAGUUGGUUCUUCGUGAACACUCUCGCGGCGAUUAUCUUUUUCGUUGCGUUUGUGCAAAUGAUGUACUACCUUGGGGUGAUGCAAUGGAUACUGAAAAACUUUGCCUGGUUCUUCUUCAAAUUACUGGAUGUAUCCGGUGCUGAAGCCGUUGUGGCCGCUUCAUCUCCGUGGAUUGGUCAGGGAGAAUCUGCCUGUUUGGUUAGACCAUACGUUGACCUCAUGACAGAUUCGGAGUUGCACUUGACGAUGACCUCUGGGUUCUCAACAAUUGCUGGGUCUGUCAUGUCUGCCUACAUUUCCUUAGGGGUUCCACCGGAGAACUUGGUAACCUCCUCCGUGAUGAGUAUUCCGGCGUCCAUUGCCAUAAGUAAGAUUCGAAUGCCGGAGGACGACGAGCCCGUCACUCGGGGUAAUAUUGUCAUUGAUCGCGGCGAAAGCAAAGAGCGGGCUCCGAGUAACGCUCUUCACGCUUUUAGCCAGGGCGCUGUUUUCGGUCUUAUCGUUGCUGGCCAGAUUCUGACUAACGUUCUCACUGUCCUAUCUUUGCUCAUCAUUGGUUAUAUAUUCUACCCUGUUACAUUCUUCUUGGGUGUUCCCCGGGCCGAGAUCCUCACGGUUUCCCGGUUGCUUGCGACAAAAUUGGUCGCGAACGAGUUCUCUGCAUACUUGGAGCUCAAAACAUUGAUGGCUAGUGAUGGUGCACUUUCACAGCGAGGAUAUACGAUUGCUUCAUAUGCGCUUUGUGGGUUUGCCAAUCUUGGCUCUCUCGGUAUCCAGAUUGGCGUACUUGGGGCGCUGGCACCCUCUAAGGGCAAGGUUAUUGCUCGCAUUGCUGUCUCAGCGAUGAUUUGCGGAUUUUUGUCUACGCUCCAGACCGCCAGUAUUGCAGGAAUGCUUGUAUGA